AUGAUCUGGCCUCUAGAUUUCACCAAAGUUCAACAGAGUAUAGCACCCCUUUCCUUCUACGUUCGCUCCCUUUCCUUCUCCUUUCCCUCCUCACCCUUCUACAUUCCCUUCCCCCUUUCCUUCAACACCUUACUGACGUCUCAACACCUUUUGUCCGCCCUGUGCCAGGGUGUUGUUGUUGUGACUCCACAGGACGGCAGCCAUGAUGACGGAGCGCCGGCGAUGCCAACUCAGUCGAGGGAGGCGGCAGCACGAGACGAAGAAGCUCCAUCCCUACCAAGUCAAUGUGACGCCGCAUCAACGGCAGGGGAAGAAGACCUGGUCUUGAGUCAACAUGAACACGAGAACCAACACCCAACCUCAGAUCAACCCGACGAAGAGGAGUACCAGCUGAAUGCUGCUGCUAGCAGAAGCACCCGCCAUUCCAUGACUAGUAGAAUUUCUACCACUACCAUUGGUAGCACUCUUUUCCGCACCACCAGCACCAAUGGUAGUACUAGUAGUAUUGGUUCUUUUGAUGACGAUGGAAUGAUGGAGGAAGAAGAUGCCAAGCCGAGCUCUGGUGCUCUAGAGGCGGCCUCUGGUGCCUCUGGUGACACUUAUGCCAAGGGUGUUGGUGAUGCCACGCAUGAGAAUGGAGACGGCAGCGACAAGAAGCCUGGACUGCUUGCUGCUUGCCGGCGGAUAGCUGAUGGAAUGCUGCCUGCAUUUCUUAGAAAGACCAGGACCAGUCCCGAGGAGCCUGCUGCAACUGCUUCCGCUACCACUGCUACUACUGCUUUUGCUGUUGAUUCUGCUGCUGUAUUGAGCCUGGAAAGGGCUGAGUCCAAGAAGGAGGCGGGUGAUGACGAGGACGAUGGAAGCAAGGAUGGUGCGGCAGCAGAUGAAUCUGCAUUGAAAACCGAAGUAAUUGUUGAAGACCCUCCCAAGCUACGGCGUGGAAGCUACUGGGAUCUCUUCGUCACCUUCUUCUUCCUCGGAUGGACGUCGUUCGGUGGUGCCGCCGCCCAUAUCGCCAUGUACCACAAGCAGUUCGUGGAGCUGCGCGGGUGGAUGUCAGAGGACAUGUUUGCGGAAUUAUUAGCGCUCACUCAGACAGUGCCGGGUCCAUCAAGCACGCAAAUGUCGCUCGCCAUCGGCAUCAUGCAGAAGGGCAUCACUGGAGGCUUCCUCUCCUGGAUCCUCUUCCAGCUGCCUGGCGCGCUCAUCAUGAGCGUCGCUGGCUUUGGCGUGGCCAAGCUGCCUGGCGCGCUCAUCAUGAGCGUCGCUGGCUUUGGCGUGGCCAAGUUCCUGGUGGAUCCACCGGCGUGGCUCUCUGCUAUCUCCGCCGGGGCGACAGCGGUGGCGGUGGCGCUAAUAGCAGAUGCGGCAGUGAUGCUGGGGAGCAAGAUGUGCCUCAACAGAGUCACACGUGUGCUCUGCGUCACCUCUGCUGCAAUCACAUUCUACUACACCACCCAGUGGAUCUUCCCCACCGUCAUCCUUCUUGGCGGUGCGGUCACCUAUUUCACGGAGCGCAACAAGCCCAUUCCGCCGCAACGCAGCAACAUUCAGAAGCUGGGCGUGUCGCCGCUGGGCGGCGGGAUGCUGCUGUUUGCGUGGAUCGCUGUGCUUAUCUUUGCCAUUAUCUACAACAAAGCCACAGGCUCGCAGUGGAUGCACCUGUUCGAGGGAUUCUACAUGACUGGGUCAGUGACGUACGGCGGAGGCCCCGUGAUGCUGCCUCUGCUGGAGAGCAUAGUGAUCGAGCAUGACACUGUGUGCCCUGCUGGUGGGGGCAAGUGCUUUGAAGUGGAUGCCAACACCACCAUGAUCACCACGCAGCAGUUUCUCGCCGGUCUCGCCCUCUCACAGGCCAUUCCCGGCCCGCUCUUCAACUUCUCUGCCUACCUUGGUUCUGUGAUCGGUGGAAUCCGGGGGUUGGCCACAUGCUGGAUCGCCAUCUUCUCGCCGGGUGUUCUCAUCAUCAUCGGUAUCCUGCCCUUCUGGGGCCAGUUCCGCAAAUGGAAGCUGUACAAGCGGGCAACGCCGGGAUUCAACGCCACAGGAAUUGGUCUCAUCUGGGCAUCUGCGUUCUCUCUGGGUCUCAAGGCGGUGAAAGUCAGCCCCUUCCCCAUGGCGUCGCUGUGCAUUGGCAUGUUUGGAUACGCCAGCACUAGCUUCCUCAAGAUUUCUCCUCCUCUUGCCAUCGUGGGAGGAGCAGCAGUAGGGGUGAUAGCUUGGGCUACUCACAUGAUGUAG